CUCUAGUUCAUACGAUUCAAGAGAUUUGCCGACACGUGUGAAAUUUGAAUGCACUGUUCCCUUUAGGGCUAAGGUAAUAUCACAACGUGCAUUAAAUAAUUAACUUUUAAAGUACAAAAUGUCCACCGACGAAAUUGCCUGCACUUACUCUGCUUUGAUUCUUCAGGAUGAUGACAUUGCUGUCACGCCUGAGAAAAUUGCAACCAUUUUAAAAGCAGCUAAUGUUGAUGUGGAACCUUAUUGGCCUGGUUUAUUUGCUCGCUGCCUUGAAGGUGUUAAUGUUAAACAAUUGAUAACCAAUGUUGGAGCUGCCAGUGUAGCCCCUGCUGCUUCUGCAGCUGCACCAGCUGCUGGUGAUGCAGGUGGAAAGAAAGAAGAGAAAAAAGAAGAAAAGAAGGAAGAGUCAGAAGAAGAGGAUGAUGACAUGGGCUUUGGUCUCUUUGACUAAAAGAUCUGAAUAUGUUUUAUUUUUGUAUAAAUAAAUAAGGUCUUUUUAUGAAA